UUUUUGGAGUACCACCCCAUUCUUUCUUCUCUCUCUAAGAAAAAAGAAAUCAAAUUAGAGGAAAAACAAAGAAAGAAAGCUCUUUUAUAUUAGCUGUUGUUCAGCUCAAACAGAAUUAUUGUCUUAAAGAAUAUAAAAGUUGGCUAAAGCAAGAUUAAAAAAAGAGGAUUAAUUCCCAUUUCCAAUCCUUUUUUUAAAAAAUUAAUCUUACACUUUGAUCUCUGUUUCAAUCUGGUACCCAAUUUGACCAUCAUUGAAUUGCUGUGCAAUUUUUUUUCUUUGAUUGGAUAUUUGAGAUUUUGAUUGGAAACGGAGGAAGAAGAGAGGGAGAAGAAUGGGUCUUGAUGCAAUGAGAAUUAGAGUUCAAAUCAAGAGAUUUUUGGUCAUUUCAAUUAGGAUAUGUUACAAAUCAGUGUGUAAACAUCCAUUUCUUGUUGGGUUUAUGUGUUCCUUAAUAUUGCUGUACAGAUCAUUUCCACUUUUGUUUUCUCUUUUAGUCUCGGCAUCCCCUAUUUUGAUUUGUACUGCUAUUUUGCUUGGUACUUUAUUGAGUUUUGGGGAACCGAAUAUACCCGAGAUUGAGAAAGAGAGAGAAGAAGAUGAAGUUACGCGUGAGGCUUCGUCUUUGAAAACGGGUGUUGUAGGGGAUGCUACCGUUGUUUUGGAGAGAGAUGCGAACCUUUUUGUAGAGAAUUUUAUAGGCAAGAGAGAAGAUAUAUUGGAGGAAGCCAUUGAAGAAGAGAGUUGGGAGCGGAAUGGAGUUAGUAAGAUUGAGGGUGAUGAGGAGGGAGUUGAUGGUUUAGGUGUUCAUGUGCCAUUUGUUGAGAAUUCUCGGGAUAUUCGAUUUAAUAAGCAAGUGAUUGAAGUUGAUGGAGAAUUUAAUGAUUUGGAGUUGGAGAAGAAGAGGGAAAUUGAUGAGGAGAAACAAGGGAGUAAUGGGGUCUUUACUGAUGAAGAAGCUGCUCAGACUCAGAGUCAUUAUUCUGUACUUGCAAAUGGGGGCAGUAGGGGCCUUUUUCAGGUGGAAAAUGGUAAAUCAAUGGGAGAGUCUAAUGAAGCUGCACAUGACGAUCUCUUAGAUUCUCAGCUAACAUCUUGGAAACGGGGAAAUGAUGACAAUGAAGAAGAGGAAGAAGAUGACGAGGAUGACGAUGAUGACGAUGAUUUUAGAUCUGAUGGGGAUGAGAGUUCUUCUCCAGACCCUUCAAUGGACGACAUUCUUCCAAUGCUUGAUGAGCUUCACCCUCUUUUACAUGAGGAACCUCCACAGCCAGCUCAUAAAUCUCGCGCUGGAUCUGAUGCUGCUUCAGAGGGUUCUCAUGAGAGUGACGAGAGCGAUGUUGAGUCAGAUGAGGAUACUGAAAACCAGGGAGAUGGAGAAGAAGAUGGUGAUGAUGAUAAUGACAAUGACAACGAGGAAGAAGAAGCACAAGAAGGUAAAGAGGACGAGAGUAAAUCUGCAAUCAUAUGGACAGCAGAUGAUCAAAAGAAUCUCAUGGAUUUAGGGACUUCAGAGCUUGAAAGAAACAUUCGUUUGGAGAGCCUUAUUGCCAGGAGAAGAGCUCGUAAAAGCAUGAGAGUGAUGGCCGAGAAGAAUCUUAUCGACUUAGAUGCUGCUGAUAUUCCCCUCAAUAUGCCAUCCAUCUCUACAGCAAGACACAACCCGUUUGAUCUUCCCUAUGAUCCUUUUGAUGAUGUUCCUGGAUCUGCUCCAUCUAUAUUGUUGCCAAGACAUAACCCUUUCGACCUUCCUUACGAUGCGAGUGAGGAGAAGCCUAACCUUAAAGGUGACAGUUUUGAGCAAGAGUUCUCAGCAGUUCAGCAUAGAGAUCCAAUUUUUAGAAGGCAUGAAAGUUUCAGUGUUGGAUCAUCAACAUUGGGCCCUGCUAAACAAGAGAGGCAAGAUCUUCGGUGGAGACCUUAUUUUGUUCCUGAACGAUUUGCAACUGAGGAACCAGGCUAUCGUAACUUUCAUCGCCAAUUAAGUGAAGCUAGUGACUCAAAGUUGAGCUCAGUUCCUGAUACAGAAUCAAUGAAUUCUGCUGUGGAGGACGAUGACAAGAAGCUCAAUGACGAAUAUGGUUCUCAAGAAACAGAAAUGAUAUCCAGUGUGGACCACGCUUCUGUCCUAGUUCAGCGUGGAAGCCUGUCAUCUGAAGAUGUUGACUUUCUGGAAACCGAAAACAUUGAGGAGAGAGAUGCCCAUUGUGAUGAGGAUGAAAUUACACUCGGGGAUUUAGAAAAUCAUCACGAACUGGAUUCCAGUUUGUCUACAUCUGAAGGGGCCACUCCUAUAGGACCUAACACUGAUGAGAUUCUUCUGCGAAUGGAACCAGGUGAUGAGGAGUAUAGCAGUAGAUCAAGCAUAUCAUCAUUGUCAGAAGUUGAUGAAAGAAUAUCUGCAGUAAAGGAGUCACUGGUUCCAGAACAAAGCAAUGGUCAGACUGAGGAAUCUCACCUUUCAAUGCAAUCUUUACUUGAUACAGAUUUUCAUUUUAUGAGUGAGGCAGCAGAUGAAAAUUUACCUAGGGAACUUAUUCCGCAGACAACGGGAAAUCCUACUGCAGAACCUGUAAGUUUGGUUCAAAGCUCAUUUGAUUCACAAUUUCAAUUUACAAAUGUCGUGGAGGACGAAAACAGAAGUAUGGAGCUUGUUUCAGAGCUAACAGGGGACCGUAUUGGGGAUUCUGGCAUUUCAGUGCAAGCUUCAAUAGAUUCGGAUUCAGAUUUCAGGAGUGAGGUAAUGGAUGACGAUGAACACAAGGAGGAGGCUGUCAUGGAUCCAGGACUCAAUAAUGUUAGUAAAUCUGUCAUUCUGACACGAACUUUAGUCAAUUCAGAUUCUCAUUAUACAGGUGGGACUAUGGACGACAAUCAACCUGAGGAGCCUGUUUAUGAUUCAAGCCCCCAAGCAGUUGACAAGCUGAUCUCUUUCUUGUCUAUCUCUUCUGAGACACAAGGAGAGGCAUUAGAAACCAAUUCACCUCCAACAUUGGCUGAAUUUGCAGGUAGAGAAUCUGAAGGGCAUACUGGAAACUCAGAGGAAGAUGCUUCUGGUUACAAAGAGAGGCAUGAACCCUCCACACAAGAAUAUCCACUAGAUGAAAAUGAAGCAAGAUCAAGGGAAGUUGCAGAGUUCGAGCAUGAUGUUUCAAAGGUUGGGUUGACAGGAGAUGAUAUAACUUUUGAUAAUCAAGACGACAAAAAUGAGUUUGUUAAGCCAGAAUUACGCAUUGAGCAUGGUGCAGUUGAUUCAUCUUCAUCUUCAUUGAACAGUGGGUCCAUAAAGGAGGACAAUCAAGAUGAGCAUGAUCAAUUACAUUCAUCAGGUACUGAUGCAGAAAUGAUAAUUGUGCCUCACCAAGAUGAAAUUGAGAAGAAAGAUUCUGUCUCUAGGAAUCAGGUGGGGACAGUUUUGCAUGCACCAGAUUCAGAUGAUGUUUCAGUGAACUCCAGAUUGUCCUUUUUAGAGCCUAAAUCUCUAGAGGAACAUGCAGUGGCUACAGAGGGCAUUCUUCAUCUUGAAGAGGACCCAAUUCCUUCAUCAAGUGUUGAUGUAGAGGUCUAUGUGAACAACCGUCAAGCUGCAGGAGAAGAGUUAAAAUAUAUGCCUUCAGGCACUGUCCAAAUGUCGUCUGAUGAUUUAAAGUUGUCUGUAAAUGAGGAACCGCAGCCUGCAAUGGUGGUUGAGCAAGUUUUAGAGGUUCCUCAAGAUGUAUCUUCUUCAGAGAUUAAGGAUGUAGAAGAUCUUUUGUUAAGAAAAGAAGAAAGUCUGAUGCAUUUGUCAAGUUCUGAUGCAAUUGUUACAGAUAAUUUCAUUGAAGAUGCAGAUGUGAAGCUUGUUUCCUCCGGAACUAGCUAUCAACAAGUGUCUUCUGAAGCAGAAUUAUCCUUUGAGUCUUGGGCAGAUAAAGCUGUUGUUGAGCCAUCCCUUAAUGAUCAUGGCGAUCCCAAGGAACCAUCUGUUACUCCAGCAGAAGUAAAAAUUGAAAACAAUGUUGAUGUGCCUGAAGUCUUUGAUCGCGGGACUUCUGAAUCCGCCUCAAUUCCACAGGGGAGUCCAGAAUGUGAACCAAAGACUGAUGAAGAUGAUCUUAAAGACAGCAUCCUUGAUAAAAUUGUCUAUGAGGACAGUGGUCAUAUAUUAGAGGUCCCCAACUAUUCAGCAGAAGCACACCGAUCUUCAUCUGUUGAAGAAAAUAGUAAUGAAGAUGAAGAUGAAGAUGAAGAUGAGAUAAAGGAGAUUGAUGAAGGAUUGUUAUCAGAAUUAGAUGCAGUUGGGGACUUCAGGGUCAAAGAAAUAGUUCACGAGUCGCUUGAAGAUGAUCAAAUACUGAGUCGUGAUUACAAUUUGUUAUCAGGAGAGUCAAGUAUGGCUGAGAUUAAACCAGAGCUCCCAGUUACUGAAACUAGAUCAGUUGCAGAUAUUGACUUGGCUUUCAAGCAAAUUCAUGAAGAAAUUGAUGUUGAGGAGGUGAUCCUCCCAAGUACAGUUGAAGAUGAAUCAAGGGGUCAUGAUGAAACCAACACAGACCAGCUGGCUGUUGAAGUAAGUUCUUCGGAAAAUAUUCCUAUCGCCAUGAAGCAAGCCUCAAAUGAAAAUACCGAAGAGAUACCGAUGAAGUCUGAUGUAAAGGAAGGGCAGGUAGAAGUAAGUGGAAUGGGUUCUAGCAGUUCUAUGGGCGAGCUCCCAGUUACUGAAAUUAGAUCAGUUGCAGAUGUUGACUUGGCUUUCAAGCAAAUUCAUGAAGAAAUUGACGUUGAGGAGGUGAUCCUCCCAAGUACAGUUGAAGAUGAAUCUAGAGGUCAUGAUGAAACCAACACAGACAGGCAGGCUGUUGAAGCAAGUUCUUCGGAAGAUAUUCAUAUCGCCAUGAAGCAAGCCUCAAAUGAAAAUACCGAAGAGAUACCGAUGAAGUCUGAUUUAAAGGAAGGGCAGGUAGAAGUAAGCGAAACGGGUUCUAGCAGUUCUAUGGGUGAGCUCCCAGUUCUUGAAAUUAGAACAGUCAAUGAUAUUGACUUGCCUUUUAAGCAACUUAGUGAAGGUGUUGAUGUUGAGGAGGUGAUCCUUCCAAGCACAAUUGAGCAGCAUGUAAUUGACAAUGAAUCCAGAGAUUCCCUCGAAUCCGGUUUCGAUCUGCCAGUUGUUGAAGCAAGAUCUCUGGAGGAUCUUGCUAUUGUCAUGAAGCAAGCCUCAAAAGAGAAUAUUGGAGAACUGCCAAAACCAUCAAUUUUGAACGAAGGCCCAACUGAAGUAGAUGAAGCGGGUUCUAGCAGUUCUACCAAGGAGCUUCCAGUUCUUGAACUCAAAUCAGUUGAUGAUAUUGACCUGGCUUUCAAGCAAAUCAGUGAAGGUGCGGAAGUUGAGGAGGUUAUACUCCCCAGCAUGCUUGAGCAGCAUGUAGUUGUGAAUGAAUUGACAGAGUCAAGUACAGUUUUGCCAGUUCUUGAAGCAAGAUCUCUGGACGAACUUCAUAUUGCCAUGAAACAGAUUCCGGAGGGUAAUAUUGAGUCGCCAAAGUCAUCGGAUCCAACCAAAGAGGCUGUAUCGAGGACUUUAGAAGUGAAUGAAAUGAAUCCGUCGGAAGACAUUGAAUCAAGUACUGAAGUAGCAACUGAAGUUGGUGUGAUCCAGAAAAGCGGAUCAUGUAGUGAAGACUCCAGUGCUCGGGAAACCAGUACGGAAGCUCCUCGCUUGCAAAAGGAUGAGGUUGAUCUCAAGGAUGAGAAAGCUCAUAAAAAAUCUGACAGAUCAAGUUCAAGUUCAAGUUCUAGCUCUAGCUCAAGCUCAAGUGAUUCAGAUUGAAAAUGAGAGUUGAAGGAGAGCAUAGCUAUAAUACAAGUUCUGAGGUUUGAGGUUUGGUUAUGGUGCAAUGAUAUGGGUUUUUGUUUUUAUAGUUUGUUUUUUGUUUACAUUGUUGUGUCAUUUGAUUGAUCUCUUCAAGAAUGAGUUUUGGUUUGAUUUCUUGAAGUGUAAUUCUUCUUUUUUUAAGUUCUAGCAUCAAAGAGUGAGCAGCUUGAGGGUUUUGGGGAGAAAAAUUUGAAUACUUUGCAGAUUUGUAAAUUGCAUUUUGUAGAAUUGAUGGUUUGAUCAAUGGCAGAUGUAUAUUAUUUUUUGUCA